ACAAUUUGCGCCACAGCAUCCUGUUGAAUAUCCUCUGGUUCCUCCUCCUCCUCCUCAUUUCCGUUCCCUAUUUCCUCCUCUUUUCCUACUUUCUCCUCAUGACACGCGACGACGGCGAUUGAUUCACUAUCCUUCCGAUAUCAUCAACUACCUCACCAGGAGACGCGCCCAGACCACCCACCAUCCCCCGGCCAGCAAUAACCUCCUCGUUUCUGCCUUGCGCGAACUGUCGCACGAUGUCGGACAAAUACUCGCCGCCGCCCGCGUCCCCGGACGAGAAGAAGGUUGCCCAGUCGAGCCCUGUCGACCUUGAGGCUGGCAAAUCGUCUGGACUCGCUCGAUGGUUCGGAGGCCCAAGGGUCUUUGUCGGCCCAAGAAUCAGCCCAGUGCUGUCGUCGCUGCAGAGCAACUAUGCCUCGGAUAGCGACGAGAGCAGCAGCGCCAUCCUGCACAAGCAGAAGGAAGCUGAGGCCAAUCAUGCCAUCCAAUAUCGUACAUGCAGCUGGAAGAAGACUGCCGCCUUGCUCUUCUCCGAGUACAUUUGUCUGGCAAUCAUGAGUUUCCCUUGGUCUUAUAGCGUAUUAGGACUGGUACCGGGACUGAUCUUGACCGUCGUCGUUGCCAUGCUUGUGCAGUAUACAUCCCUCAUUACGUGGGAAUUCUGUCUACGCCACCCUGAAGUUCGGGAUGUGUGUGACGUCGGUGAGAUGAUCUUCUUUAAUCAGAGGUGGGCAUGGUGGUUCAGCGCCGUCAUGUUCCUCUUGAACAAUACCUUCAUCCAGGGUCUCCACGUCCUUGUCGGUGCCAAGUACCUCAACACAAUGACAGCUUCCGACAACGACAUCAACUGCCGUACCGUCAGCUUUUCAGUGCUCAUGUUCCUGGUGUGCUGGGUCUGCUCGCUGCCUCGAACUUUCGACGCUCUGGCCAAGCUGGGCGCAGCAUCUGCGCUCUUUACGUUCAUCUCAGUCCUCCUCGCCACAAUCUUCGCCGGUGUUCAGGAUCAUCCGGCCGGCUACUCUGCUGAGCUGGGAAAUCCUGUGGUGCUGGCUGUUCCAGCCGCCGGCACGACCUUUGUGGCCGGUCUCAGUGCAUUCCUCAACAUUAGCUACACGUUCAUCGGUCAGAUUACGCUGCCCAGUUUCAUUGCGGAGAUGGAAGAUCCAAGGGAUUUCCCAAAGGCUCUGUGGCUAUGCACUAUCGGAGAGAUCAUCGUUUUCAGCCUCGUUGGGGCCAUUGUGUAUGCUUAUGUCGGAACCAACUACAUAACCGCCCCCGCAUUUGGCUCCCUACAGCCCGUCUUCAAGAAGGUCGCUUUCUCCUUCAUGAUCCCGACACUCAUCUUUCUCGGUGUCUUGUACGCAUCUGUCUCGGCACGUUUGGUGUUCUUCCGAAUUUUCAAGGACUCGAAGCACAAGAACGAGCACACCAUCAUUGGAUGGGCCUCCUGGGCAGCCAUUCUUCUCGCCACUUGGGUUGUUGCCUUCAUCAUCUCGCAGGUCAUCCCUUUCUUUUCUGACCUCCUCUCCCUCAUGUCUGCCCUCUUUGAUAGCUUUUUUGGCUUCAUCUUCUGGGGUGUUGCCUACUUCCGCAUGCGCAAUGCCGACGGCGGCUGGACUUUUAUCAAGUCACAAGGAUUCUGGGGCUAUGCCGAAGCAGCGCUGAACGUACUCAUCAUCAUCAUCGGCAUCUUCUUCGUCGGACCGGGAACCUACGCCAGCGUUGAGAGCAUCAUCAUCGAUUUUGACCCCUCGUCAGGCUCGGUCUUCACAUGCGCCACGAAUGGCCUGUGAGUGAGGCGCUCGAGGUUGCGGCAUCCUGAUAUCACAUCAGUGAUGAACAGGAUUUGAUUCCUAGCGACCGAUGGCACGACGGGAAUAUUGAUUUGAGUUGACGACAGGAUAAACCGGUAUACCCCUG